AUGAAUACACCCCUCAACUAUACAGCUCUGGCCAAGGAUCAAGAGGAUGACGUGGAAUUACAAUCAUUUCUUCAUUCAAAUUCCAGUUUGAAACUCAAGAAAGUGGAGAUUCCCGGCACAGCGCCGCUUUCAUCGUUUUCAAACCCGUCAGCAAGAUUCGACCACGUACAUAUCGAUAUCAUCGUAAUGCCCACUUCCGAAGGGAAAAGAUGGCCGGAAGCAGUCCCUUUAGAAGACCAAACAGCAGAAACCGUAGCGAGAGCGUUCUACGAAAAUUGGAUUUGCCGUUUUGGAGUUCCAUUGCGUGUAACAACCGACCAAGGGCGCCAAUUUAUGUCAACCCUCUCCGGACAUCUCACUAGUAUGGUUGGGAUAUCUCACCUUCACACCACCGCAUAUCAUCCCCAAGCGAAUGGUAUGGUAGAAAGACUCCAUAGACAACUUAAAGCGGCAAUCAAGUAUCACAGCAGCGAGCGUUGGACCGAAGUACUUCCUACCGUUUUGCUGGGAAUCAGAGCCGCAUGGAAGGAAGAUAUUAAUAGUACAUCUGCCGAGCUAACCUAUAGACAACCACUACGACUGCCAGGGGAGUUUUUGACACCAAGGACCAACGACGACAUGGAAGAUUUCGAUGCUUACAUUAGACAACUCCGUCAAGACUUUCAAGAAUUACAGCCAGUACCAGGUACGCACCAUGGCCGUAGAUACAUAUUCGUAUUUAAAGAUCUGGCUACAGCAAAACAAGUCUUUGUACGCAAUGAUGGCCCAAAACAACCACUGCAGGCGCCAUAUGAAGGACCAUUUCCGGUAGUUAAAAGAACAGCGAAAACUCUCACGGUACACUUCAAAGGAAAAGAUGUGAUCAUCUCUGUGGAUAGGGUGAAAUCAGCCUAUAUCCUGCCGGGCAAUCAUGAUGAUACGGUAAUAACACAAACUUCAGCAUCGCCUCAACAGCCCAACCAAGGCGUUCCAGCAACAACCCGAUCAGGCCGAAGAAUAAGGUUCACCGACCGCUACCAAGCAGGAAAUCCUUAA